GAGGAGCGCGCCUCUCUGCUGCCCCCUCCCCAGCCCGCCGCGGCGACAAAUCCGCUGCCGCCCGCCUCCGCCGAGCCCAGCCAGCCGGGCGGCGCCGGGAAGCGCGGCCGCGGCUCUGCACCGCCCGAGCUCCAGCCCCAGCCCCACAGCAGGGAGCGGCGAGGGGCGCGAUGGAGGCUCCGCGCCUGGCGCACGCCGUGGGCAGCCCCACGAGCCCCUGCGAGGAGGUGAUCAAGAACCUGAGCCUGGAGGCGAUCCAGCUCUGCGAGAGGGACGGGAAUAAAUCACAAGACAGUGGGAUUGCAGAGAUGGAAGAACUUCCAGUCCCACACAACAUCAAAAUAAGUAACAUCACGUGCGAUUCCUUCAAGAUUUCUUGGGACAUGGAUUCUAAAUCCAAGGACCGCAUCACUCAUUACUUCAUUGAUCUCAACAAGAAAGAGAACAAGAAUUCCAAUAAAUUCAAACACAAGGAUGUACCCACUAAAUUGGUGGCCAAAGCUGUUCCUUUGCCUAUGACAGUCCGUGGGCACUGGUUCUUGAGCCCAAGAACAGAAUACACAGUAGCAGUGCAGACUGCGUCGAAGCAAGUUGAUGGCGAUUAUGUUGUUUCUGAGUGGAGUGAAAUCAUUGAGUUUUGCACAGCAGAUUAUUCAAAAGUUCACUUAACACAGCUUUUGGAAAAAGCUGAAGUGAUUGCAGGCCGUAUGCUUAAACUGUCUGUAUUUUAUCGGAAUCAGCACAAAGAAUACUUCGAUUAUAUCAGAGAGCACCAUGGGAAUGCUAUGCAGCCUUCUGUUAAGGAUAACAGUGGCAGCCAUGGCUCUCCGAUCAGUGGGAAGUUGGAAGGCAUCUUCUUUAGCUGCAACACUGAGUUUAACACUGGGAAACCACCCCAAGAUUCACCUUAUGGAAGAUACAGGUUUGAGAUUGCAGCUGAAAAACUCUUCAACCCAAAUACUAACUUGUACUUUGGAGACUUCUACUGCAUGUACACAGCUUACCACUACGUCAUUCUUGUUAUUGCCCCUGUCGGGUCACCAGGAGAUGAAUUCUGUAAGCAGCGCCUUCCUCAGCUAAAUAUAAAAGAUAAUAAAUUUCUGACCUGUGAUGAAGAAGAUGGAGUAAUGGUUUACCAUCAUGCCCAGGAUGUUAUUCUGGAAGUAAUUUACACUGAUCCUGUGGAUCUCUCCCUCGGCACAGUUGCAGAAAUUACUGGUCACCAACUAAUGAGCUUGUCUACUGCAAAUGCAAAGAAAGAUCCCAGCUGCAAGACCUGCAAUAUCAGUGUUGGACGUUAAAACUUCCCUUGUUCCUUAGGAGCCUUCCAACCUCUGUUGUCCAUUUCCAUAGUCAGCUGGUUUUGUCAGAAGCAUGUACAUGCCGCUGUCACAAAGAGCAAACAUGAGUCUCCAAACUCUCCAACUAGUCUUUUUAGUAUUUCUUCUCCCUCUCUUUCCCUUCUGUUCCUCCAAUGCUUUAAAUGAUUAGAAGUCCUGGAUUAUUUUUUCUCUGGCAACCAUUUAUACUUAGAUGCUGCAAAAAUUGUUUUCUGUUUCUUGCCAAACAUAACAAAAUCCUAUAUAAACUGCUUUAGCAAAAUAAAAAUAACGGCUUAUAAAUGGUGUUUAAAUAUGCAUUCAUUUUAACUACUGAACAAAUACCGGGAUAACUCCAAACAGCAUGAAAGGUUGUAAUUGCAGCAUGAUUUCAAAGCCUAGAAAUGUCAGCACUUCCAACGUGUUGUUUGACAGUGUUAUUUAUGUUAUUUAUAUUAGCUAACUGAAAACAGAAAUUGUGUCUUGACAUAAUAAAUAUAAUAGAAAAAUA